CUGUUCAGCACACACACAAUCACACAACAAAGACUAUCAUCAGUGACUAGUACGUCUUCAGUUCUUCCCUAAUCAGUGUCAACCGACUUGCUUGUUGCCACGAUGGUUGUCGGCAAAGUCACACUCGAGUACCCGGUGGCCGUAUCAGUCGAGCUGCUAUGGAAGGUGGCGUUCUCCGGCGACGUGUCCAUCUUCACCAAGGCCUGCGUCGGCAUGAUUGACGCCGUGGAGGCCGACGGCGACGGCGGGCCCGGGACCGUCACCACCAUGAAGCUCAACCCUGCGGUGGGCGACGCGAAGGUGUUCAAGACCCGGCUCUUGUCACGUGAUGCGGCGGCACGUGUGGUGAAGUCAGAGAUGGUGGUGGAGGGCAGCGAGCUGUCCGUGCAGUUCAAGUCGCAGGUAUCCGAGGUGAAGGUGGUGCUGGCCGGCGAGGGUGCCAGCGUGGUGCACAUGACGGUGGAGUACGAGCUGGUGGACGGCGCGCUGCUGCCGCCAGAGGAGGAGGCCAGGAUCGGGCAGGGCUACCUCGGCCUCAUCAAGAAGGUGGAGGAGUACCUCGUUGCGCACCCCACCGAGUUCGCCUAAAGCUACCUACCAUUAUGCAUCGUCGUGGCGAUGGGGCCAGAGAAAUCCGUGUUAAAUAAUGAUGGUGAUCAUGCCAUGAGUGUGUUCUUGAUUUGAAAAUCGGAAUAAUGAGAGGAAGUGAUCCUCUGCUUGGUCGGUUGAUUGUGCUUGUGGUUGUGGGGAAACAAUAGUUUCAGUUUUUGUGAUAACAGUAUAUGUUCUACUGUUGUGUUUGGGUUCACUGUUCAGUGCUCAUAAGGGGCAAUUUGUUUUAAGGAUAAAGGCACAUUAUGCAGGUUUUCAGUCUCUUGUUGGGAGAUUGUUGAGUAUC